AUGAGCCUAGCAUUUAGCACUUCAAAUAAUAUAUAUAUAAGGAACUUGGCUCCUGAUAUAACUGAAGAUGUCGUUAGGAAUACCUUUAAACAUUGCGACGAGAUUUUAUCUGUAAGAUUCAAGAGCUACCAAGGAAGUUCCAGGAAAUAUUGCAUAGUUGAGUUUAAGACAUCGGCUGGAAUCACCAAUGGGUCUUUGAUGAACGGCAAGCUUAUGCAAGGUUUACCCUUGGCUAUAUCAGUGACUGACCCACUUUUACAUGGUUCUGAUCCACCUGGUAAUUUCACAUUAUAUAGUGACAAUAGAUAUGGUUUGAGUCACAACGCUAUGGCUCAAUUCCAGUACGGGGCAAUAGAAUCGUCUCUAUAUAAUGGUGACUUGUCAAACAAGGGUGUUUCGGAUCGUACCGUUUGUGUAGGAAAUAUACCUACGGAUUACGACAAUUCAGAUAUAUGCAGUCUAUUUGGCAAUGUUGGAACUAUAGUUUCAUGUUCUAUUGACUCGAAUACAUAUACUCCGGGCAGAUUUGCUCUUGUUGAAUUUAGUCGACUUAGUGAGGCCGAAGAAGCUUUAAAACUGUCAGGAAUUACGGUCAGAAAUUGUACAUUAAAGUUAGUUUUAAUGGAUUUUUAUAUAUCUUUUAGGAUUGAGAAACCAAAACCUUUGCUAUCUGAUAGGUCAUCAACAGCACUUCCAACGGGUUCAGCACAUUAUUUGGAUAGUAGUAUAAUCCCACAAACCUUAAUUGAACCAAUUCGCUCUGCAACAAUCAACGAAAAACUUGCCAAAGUUCUUGAUAUGAGAGAAAGGCUCACUAGAAAACUUUCUCAACCAGCACAAGGUUCAAACUCUGGUAAACAUAAAAGUUCGGAAAGUUGUUCGAAUAAUUCUGAUCAAAAAGAUGGUCAAUGGUGGGUAGAAAUUUCUAAAAGUAAAAGAUCUAGAUCUAGAAAUCGCAGUAGGAGUAAUUCUUAUAGGCAUAGACACAAGCGCCGAGAUUCUCAUUCUCGAACUCAUAGAGAUCAUUCUCGCACAAGAAGUUCGAGUUCAAGCGUAUAUACAGAUGAUUCACAUCGUAAACACAAAUCUUCACAUCACAAGGAUUAUAGACAUAGAUCUAGAAGGAAUAGUAGUAGAACUUAUUACUCUAGGAGUAGUUCAUAUGAUAAAAAACAUAGGAGUCAUCGUGACCGAAGACAUAGAAGACGUACUAGUAGUUCUAGUGAUAGUAGCGUAAAUUCAAGAUAA